UCUAGUUUUGGUAGUUUUAUGGCAGAAAACGUUUAUAUAAAAGUUUUAACAGUGGAAUAAAUUUUAAAAAUUUUCACUAUUCUGCACCAAUACAUAAUUGUUUUUAAUGCAAGUGCUGGGUCUAAAGUAGUUCAUUUUUAUCCCUAGAAGAAUAAUCAGCUGCAUUGGAGAAUAUUCAGCUGUACUUUAAGCUCCGAUCACUGAUUUUAUUGAAGGAAAUGUCUGUUUGACUAGGUUUUCCUUUUCUUCCCCUGUAGGUACAAAGUAUAAUGGACAAAAAAUUGUUUUUGUCAAAAUUUUUCAGUUUGAGUUUUGGGUGCUCCUCCCUGAAUCCAAAAAGUGGGUUUUAAAGGGAUGUCUGUGUGUGAAUGUAUACAAAGCUAGAGACUACACUUGUGAUCCGUUUUUUGUAAAAUCUGAUAUGUGAGUCCUAUUCAUUGUAUCACCAGUUGUUUCUUAGUUUUCUUGAUUUUUUAUUGUUAUUAUUACUUAAAACCCAUAAAUUAAUGGGAAGAUCUUAUUUUUAUAAAAACAGCUCUAACGAUUUUGUAUGUACCUUCUUUUUUUCUUUCUCUUGGGUAGUUCUUUUUACCAUGAAAUGGCACAACCCCAAUCCUGUAAAAAUUACGGUUCAAAAGUAGUAAUUUUUGUGAAUUUCCCCGUAGAAACCCUAUACCCAUCCAUUUACUGAAUAUGUUUUAAAUUUUUUACUUGUAAAAGUAUGUAUAGUGGUAUGUUCAAUUCCAAUGUCACUAAUGGGAGAAAGUAUACAUCAGUUUGAUGAUAGCGUUAAUUUCAGUGAUGCGAGUAGCAGUGAUAGGUGCUGGAGCAUCAGGACUAUGUGUGGCUCGUCAUCUCACUGCCAACGGCAAUUUCUCCUGCAUAGUGUAUGAGCAAACAGGAAAUGUCGGAGGUACCUGGGUAUAUACUGAAGCUACCGGCACUGAUGAGUUUGGUCUUCCCAUUACUUCAUCCAUGUAUAAAAAUCUCAGAACAAAUGCUCCAACAAUGAUCACGCAGUUUCCAGACUUUCCGUUCAAAAGCGAGAAUACUUUCACGAAUGCCUCAGAGGUUUUACACUACCUUGAAGAUUACUGUGAUCACUUCAAUUUGAAGGAUCAUAUCAAAUUUUUUCACAGUGUGAAAUGUGUGAAGCCUGAGAAAGACAAGUGGCAUGUGGUUACAGUUGAUCUUCUAAGGAACAGAGAAUAUGUUGAUUAUUUUGAUGCCGUUGCUGUUUGUAUUGGCCACUUCAGUGUACCCAAAGUCCCAGAUUUACCAGGGAUAUCAAGUUUCCAAGGUGAAGUAUUUCACAGCCACAGUUAUAGAGUCCCGGAAGUGUUCAAAGAUCAAACCCUGUUGGUGGUCGGAGCAGGUUUCUCUGGCACCGAUGUCACGUUCGACACAUCCAAAUUUGCAUCUAAGGUAUAUCUUAGUCACAGAGCAGCAAAGUUAGGCUUGUUCUCUGAUAAUGUCGAGGAGGUUCCACUUGUCAAAGAGGUUCUCGGCGACCAUGUUAUCUUUGACGAUGAUACAACUUCCGAACACAUUGAUGUCAUAAUUUUAUGCACAGGUUACAUUUACUCGUUUCCGUUCCUCUCUCCUGAGUGUGGCAUCAACAUUGUUGAUGGAAAUUAUGUUGAGCCGUUGUACAAACAUGUAAUCAACAUUAACCAUCCCACCAUGGGCUUCAUCGCUCUUACUCGCAGGACAUUCACCUUUCCUCUGUUUAAUCAACAGGCUUUGUUUUUUGUCAAGUCCCUCAAAGAGUUUCAACUUCCAUCCAGAGAAGAAAUGCUGGCUGACCUAAACAGUUUUAUUAAAGAAAAGCAAGAUCAAAAUUUACCCAUGACAACAUAUCAUGAUUUGUAUGAUGAGCUGAAGGAUUAUAUGGGCCAGUUGGAGAAAAUGGCUGGGCUCAAACCUCUCUCGCCAAUAUACUACAACUUAUUUUAUGCUCUGAUAGCCUUGAGUAAAAUUUGUCCCAAAGAUUAUAAAAAUGCUGUUGUUAAAGUUGUCAAUGACUAUGACUUUGAAAUUUCUGGUGUUGAUGCUGAUAAAGAAGAACUGAUAAGAAACAAGUACCAUGUCGUGCCUGGAAAUCAAGAUUAAUAAAUUAGGUUUAUCCUUAUCCUUGUGUAGUUUGGAACUGAUGUUAUCUUACCUGUUAACUACAUUGCCCACCAAAUACAACGCUAUCUCCCACAUAGCACA